UGACUGCAUCCAAUCAUGCCAUUCAGAAGUACAGGUAUAAGAAAAGUACAUGUGACAUUUUAUUUAUUUCUAAUGUUCUUAUCAGGUACAAGUGAGUUAUCAAGAACAUUGCCUCCAGGAUUUAAAGAAGACCAGCCAAAUCUCAUCAUAUGUCCAUCUGGGGAUGUAUUAAUGACAACACUGUCUGUGUACAUGAUGGACAAAGACCAACCCUUGCCUAAGCCAGAUGAAAUACUGUUGUGCACAAACAAAACAACAAAAGAUGAAGUUGACAUAUUCUGGCGGCGAGCAAUUUUUGAUGGAGGUGGAAAAAUCCACUGUUUAAUGAAUGCGGACAUGCUAGACUAUGAUGUAAGUGAAGCUGCAGAAAGAUGUCUGGAUGAGUAUCUCCAAGAAGUACAAAAAGACCUGGGGUAUCGUCUGCUUAUUAUUUGUGGUUCUGACAAUGAGUACAAAUCAACAAUUGUAUCCUCCCUUGACAAAUAUAAAAGGCAACCUCUACCAACAAGCACUGCCCAGCUUCAGAAUUACCUUUCUGUAAAGCUGAUCAUACAACCACAGAUCAUAUCAGGAGUCAAACCAGCUGCACAUGUUGACUGGGAAAGGUCUUCAGUACGAGUAAUAAAAUCUUGGAGAGCAGGUGUGGGGAAGACAUUAUAUAAACAGAGAAGAGAGGAUAAGUUAUCACGUCUGAACAAAGGAAAUGUAAUAUCAGAGCCUGUGUCAAUCCCCUUACAAGAGAAAACGAUAGACCUACACAAUGUCAUACAGAGACUGCUGAAACAUACAACACAUCCAGGGGAAGUGGCAGCCAGAUUGUUCCAUAUAGACGUGUCCCAUGAGGUGGAAAAUGGAGUUGACUACCUAUUGUUCAAUUUACUUAUUCUUGGAUGUUUGAUGGACAAAACAGGAUUUGUAUGGAGAAAGUCGCCAACUGACAUUUACCUGAUAGAAACCAUGCCUUUGAUGAUGCAAACUACAAAUAGACGGGGAGAAGGCCUGCAGUAUGUUCACCCGAUGUUGAAUAUUCUACCAGACCUUACAUGUAGAUCACCCCAAGAAAGCUUGCAGAUUUACAUGGGCAUACCUCUUCAAGAACACAAAGAUUCCGAUCAGCUGUUUGAUGAAAAGCAGUUCAGAAGUCCGGUCUUCCAGAGAACAUUUCAGUAUUUGUUACGACUGGAUCAAGGAAGACAACUUGAUGAUGUUCAUCCUCAGGCUCCAGAGGGAAACCCCCAGACUUGCCUGCAAACAUUGCUACGGCACUGUGGACUGGAGGACCCAUCCUGGUCUGAGCUUCAUCAUUUUGUUUGGUUUCUCAACACCCAGCUUGUGGAUUUUGAAAACAACAUGUUUGUGAGCGCAGCUGCUGCAGAGGACCUUCCAGGCUUCUCCAAGUUUGUGCUCAGAUUCCUGAUACAGAUGUCAAGGGAUUUUUCUACACGGUCUUUGGAUAUGAGAGAAGAAUCGCCAGGUCUGAGAAUAGAAAGAAGAGAAAGAAAUAGAUUUAUGGAAGUUGACAAAAAUGAUGAUGAUGAUACUGAAGAGCAUGAAGAUGUGUUGCAGGCAUAUCAAAUGAGAAGAACAUGGGAAAGCAGUCCACAUCCAUACCUGUUCUUCAACUCGGACCGAUUCAGUUUUACUUUCCUUGGAUUUUUCAUUGAUCGAGCUUCAGGAAAUUUGGUCGACCAGCAGACAAGAACCAUUUUAGAACGUGGUAUAAUGGCACCAAAUUUAUAUGACUCUCUUGUCAGAAACCAUGCUCCCAUACAAGAAAAUUUUGAUGCCCUUCCAAGACAUGAAAAAAUCAUGAAGUUGUGCAAAUGUAUGGGCAUUGACAUGCCACAUGAUCCAGAUGACACUUAUGAACUGACAACUGACAAUGUAAAGAAAAUCAUGGCAAUUUACAUGCGAUUUAGAUGUGACAUACCAGUAAUCAUCAUGGGAGAGACAGGAUGUGGUAAAACACGACUGGUCAAGUUUAUGUGUGCUCUGCAACAACCGCCAGGAGUGGAGAUUACCAAUAUGAUACUUAUGAAAGUUCAUGGUGGGACAACAAACAAAGACAUUAUAAGAAAAGUAACAGAGGCUGAGAAAAUUGCACUGAAGAAUAAAGAAGAGCAUGGAGACCAUAUGUAUACAGUGUUAUUCUUUGAUGAGGCUAACACCACUGAAGCUAUUGGACUUAUAAAAGAAAUAAUGUGUGACAAAAGUAUGGAAGGAAAGAAACUGAAACUGUGUGAAAACCUGAAGAUGGUUGCUGCUUGUAAUCCAUACAGAAAACACUCUGAAGAGCUUAUAAAGAAAUUAGAGCAGGCAGGACUUGGGUAUCAUGUUGAUGCUGAUGAGACAACAGACAGACUGGGUCGUGUUCCAAUGAGACGUCUGGUGUACAGGGUUCAACCCCUACCACAAAGUUUACUACCACUAGUAUGGGACUUUGGCCAGCUGAACACACAAGUGGAAGAUCUGUAUAUUAGACAGAUGGUCAAAAGAUAUAUUAGGGAGAGCAAGUUGCCAAAUUUACCAGGCUUGAUUGAGGUUGUUAGUGCCAUCCUUACUGCAUCACAAGAUUAUAUGAGAGAACAAAGGGAUGAGUGCAGUUUUGUCUCGUUACGUGAUGUUGACCGAGUUUUGACAGUAAUGAGCUGGUUCUAUCAGCAAAGUCAAGGUGACAGCACAUUGUUUAGUCUGAUGAAUAAGAAGCUACAAGCACAUGACGGAAUAGAUUAUUCUUCUGAAGAUGAGGAGGAGGUUGAAGAAGAGAUGUAUUUGGAAAUAAGAGAAACUGAUGAUUUGGAAGAUAUCACCGGCUCCCUCAUUCUGGCCUUGGGUGUGUGUUACCAUGCAUGUCUGAAAACAAGGCCAGAAUAUCGCUCUCAUGUUGCAAGGUAUUUUAGAGCACCUUGUCAGUUGCAUGGUGGAGAAGACCAGAUUAGAAAAGAAAUUGAAAGUUGUCAAGAGGUUUUCUUAGACAAUGUUCACCUGGAAAAGAACAUAGCCCGUAACAUGGCAUUAAAAGAGAAUGUAUUCAUGAUGGUCGUUUGUAUAGAACUUCGUAUCCCACUGUUCCUUGUCGGCAAACCUGGCAGUUCAAAGUCUCUGGCAAAAACCAUAGUGUCUGAUGCUAUGCAAGGAAAUGCUGCAAGAGAAGAACUUUUCAAAGAACUGAAACAGGCACAAAUGGUAUCCUUCCAAUGCAGUCCACUGUCUACACCAGAUGGUAUUGUUGGCACAUUCAGACAGUGUGCACAGUUCCAGAAAGACAAAGAUUUGGACACGUUUGUCUCAAUUGUUGUCCUAGAUGAAGUUGGACUGGCAGAAGACAGUCCAAGAAUGCCAUUAAAGACACUCCAUCCCCUGUUAGAAGACGGUUGUCAAGGUGAUGAAAAACCUGAAAAACACAUGAAGGUUGCAUUUAUUGGUAUAUCCAACUGGGCACUGGAUCCAGCAAAGAUGAAUAGAGGAAUUCUUGUGCAGAGGGAAGUGCCAGAUCUUGUGGAACUGAAAAACAGUGCAAAUGGAAUAUGCCAAACAGAUGAUAACCUGAGUAAUUUGAUUGAACCUUUGAUUGAGCCAAUGGCAGCCUCCUACCUUGAAAUAUUUGACAAAGCAUCACAGAACAUGAGAGAGUUUUAUGGACUUAGAGACUUCUACAGCUUGGUCAAGAUGGUGUACAGUUUUGUUGAGAAAUCGAAACAGAAACCCACAUGGCAUGAGAUGUUGCAUGCUAUUAAGAGAAACUUUGGUGGACUUGAUAAAGUAUAUCCAGUUGGGAGCUUCAAGGAACAUUUAACUGGAAUUGUACACUUUGACAAGGAGCCAAAGGCAACAGACCCAGACUGCAGUCCAGCUGGCCUUGUGCAGGCUUGUCUAUUUGAUACAAAUCAGAUGCAAAGUGAGAGCAGAUACCUUCUAUUAUUGACGGAGAACUAUGGAGCUUUGACCAUCAUACAACAACAGAUAUUGUCAAGGAGCAGUGAUAUCAGACCAAUUACCAUAUUUGGUAGCAGCUUCAGAAGUGACCAGGAAUACACACAGGUGUGUAGGAACAUCAACAAGAUCAAAGUAUGUAUGGAGACAGGAAAAACUGUAGUUUUACUGAAUCUAGAGAACUUGUAUGAAAGUUUGUAUGAUGCCCUAAAUCAAUACUAUGUGUACUUUGGUGGUGAAAGAUUUGUUGAUCUUGGACUGGGAACACAUAGAGUCAAGUGUCCAGUACACAAGAACUUCAGACUGAUAGUGGUAGCAGAAAAGCAGACAGUGUACAAGAAGUUUCCAAUACCAUUGAUCAACCGUCUUGAGAAACAUUUUCUUUCAAUCAACACCAUGCUAUCACCAGAACAACAGAAGGUUGUUAAAACACUGGAAGACUGGGCACAUAGAUUUGUUUCACAGCGAAACACAACUUCAUUUUUACCAGGUUUCAGAAAGGACAAAUCUGAUGCUAAAGUUGGCGAUGUUUUUAUUGGCUACCAUGACGACACAUGCUCUGCUAUUGUUUUAGAUGUGUGGCAAAAACACAUACAUAUAGAUACUGAAAGAGACAGGGAUACACAGGUCCUUCAGGAUGCUAAGUCAGUGCUGCUGUGGUGUGCUACUCCAGAAUCUCUGUUUAGGCUGGAAAACAGUGUCCUUUCUAAAGAAGAGAAGAAAUUGCUUGAACACUGCUACUUCAAAAAACAGACUCAUGAAAGUUUUAUUCAGUAUGUGAAUGUAAAACUUGGAAAACAACAAUGUGAACAGCUCUUUGCUCAGAUAACUACCCAUUCUAAACUGAUGGCAGGUGUUCACAAAGGCGAAAUCAGCAAGGCUACAGGUAUUCACAUGGAGAAAAUACUGCUGCUUGAAACCUUGUCCUCUUUUGAUACAGAGCAACAGUUUAGCAACAGAAUUCAGCAGCAUAUUCAAAGUGCAGGCAAAGAUCCCAGCCUCAUGAUAAUACAGUGCGACUCGGGUAAUGUGAAUGCAAAUCUUAUAGCCUGUGCCCGCUACUGUGUCAUGGACGAAUUUGAGAAGAUGAGAGAAGAACUCCAAGCACCAGUACAUGUUGUUUUCAUUGUUCAACUGCCUAGAGGGGCAUUGUUUACUGGCUUUCAGUGUGGAAUUUGGCACUCGGCACAUAUAGAUGACUUGUACACAGCAGACAUGAAUAUGCCUACCCUGCAAGACAUGCAAGGAAAAUCUGUAGCAACAAUAUUCACGAAUGCUGUUACUGAACCUGUCAAAAUGGAAAUUGAGGAUGGAGUUUCCAGACAAAAUGAUCAUGAAAUAGAGGAAAUGGAAUGGAGUGGAAAUGAGGACAGACAUAUGUCACCAAGGGAAUGUCGUAGCGAGGAGUUCGAUGGUACAGUUGAACCUGGGACUGAAUAUAUGAUGAGAGAGGAACCAUUACAGUUAGAUGAUGUACUCUUGGACUUGCAAAGUGUUGAUAAUCAUCAGAACCUGACUCAAGGAGAAUAUGGUCAGCGUAAAAUAAAUGUUAAGGGACUUAUACUAGCUUGCGUACAAGCAGCGCUGUCUAUGGUGAAGGAUAAAGUAGAACACAAGACUAAAGAAACAGAAAGAGUGGCAAUGAAAGAUAGAGUCGAGUAUAAAAGUAAAGAAUUAGACAGAGUGGCAUUGGUACUGGAACUAGUACAUCAAGAACAAGUUGAAGGGCAAGCAUCAUUCCUGCAUGGAGUGUGUUGUCUUAUAGCCAAACUUCUGAAGGAGAAAGAAUCAAAGAAACAAAGUGACAGCAUUGCCCAUAAUUGGCUUAUAAAUGAAGCUGCCUCAUCAGAAAAUAUCAAUAAGGCUGGAACAUUUAGACAAUCAUGUUUUCAAACUCUGGAGGCCAAAAUUGCUCCAAUCUUAGCUGGAAUUAUUGCUUAUUUGGAUACCAAUGACAACAUGAAGAUUUUACAAGAACAUUGUCUGUGGAAACAAGAAUUAUGGUUGAAAGUUCUUAAUACUGCAGAUGCCAUAAAUCUUCAGUUUGCAGAUUUACAGUCACCUAAAAGACAGAGUGACCUUCUUGAGGUAGUUGUCAUGACAACAGGAUGUGAAGGGCACAUGUUCAGUGCUAGAAUGCCAUUCUCUUGGCUCCUAAUCAACCAGAUCAGUGAAAUACUAAAACUGCAUCACCCAGCUGCAGAGUCACAUGACCAUGAAGAAGGAGAUGAUAAUAAUCCAAAAGCUAUAUCAGCAGUAAAAGUGUUGAGUGAACAUGCAAUAGGAAAUAUUACAAGAUGUAUAAGUCAAGAGCAAGAUUUUGCAGAAGCUGUCCAAGAAUAUAUACAUGACUUUGUGUGCACUAUGUAUCAUGCUGGCUCAGAACAGGAACAUCAGUUGGUGUGUCAGUCAGUGUUCUAUGUGACCAAUCAAAUGGCAAAUAACACUACAGAGAAUAUGUUGCUACAUAGCCUAGUGAAUGUUCAUAUGGCCUACCAGAAACUUGCUCCAAGGCUUACCUACUUUAGAGCCAUGAACAGUGUAUGGCCAGAAUGUAGUGCCACUAUUAUCAGCUUAAAAGAAGAGAAGCCAAAUCAUUUCAUGUUUGAAGAACAGGAAUUUACAUUUUCCUCACUGUGUCUGCUCGUAGAAAAUCUGUCACCAAAGCCUAAUGACCUGAAUAACCCAAAAGGUCGCUGUCACUGGUUAAACAGAGUUCAUCAUUACAGACCUGUUGUAGAAAAAGUGAUCAGUUUGCACGGAGAAGAUCCAGAACUCUAUGGGGCACAUAGUUACCAGUCUGUACAAAUGGCAAAGAGGUUAUGGAGUAGAGUUACAGUUGUGAAACUAUUCCUGGAGCAUGUAUGUGCAUUUGAGAGCGAAGACAAAAUCAUAAUUAAGCACUGUUUGCCGCUUUGGAAGAUACUUGGUGAGGAGACAGACUUGAAGGAAAUGAAGUCUCUUACAAAUGUUGAAAAGUUCCUCAAAAGUUGUAAUAAGCAAGCCAUGAAGGAGUAUUUAGGGGAAGAAGUGAAAUGCAGCCAGUGCGAGUCUGUUCUUGAAGGGCCACCAGUCACCCUGCCCUGUAAAGAUGUUUUGUGUGACCAGUGUUUUGAUGGUAUGAAAGCUCUUAGGGAGACCUCAUGUGCAAAAUGCCACGAAGAAUUUCCAGAUGACUGGGAACCAUCACGCCAAGUUGCUGAAAACAAAGCAGUUGAUAAACUGAAGGACUAUCAGAAAAGAUGUAAUACUUUCUUUAUGGAUGUUGUGUCCCAGCUAUGUUUUGCAAACAACACGGCUCCAUCACAUGAGGUUGUAGAAAAAUUGCUUCGAUAUAUAUUCUUUACUACAAGGGGUGAUCAGCAGCGCACUAGAGAUCUGUCAAUAUUUAACACAGGAAUAGAUCCCAACCCUGUAUUCAGAUCUUUCCUUCUACAGCUUCUUAUACGAACAAGUGAAGAAAACGUUGUAGCAAACCUAGAGCAGUAUCUUAAAAAAACUGCAGUUUUCAUCAGACAAGAUACACCUGAUCAAGACCAGCAGUAUGUGGAGCUCUGUCUGCUUGUCAUUCAAUGUUUAGAGGACAUGUUUACACAAAACGCCAACAGAGUUGAUGUUGACGAGGUCAAAUAUGCAUCGCAAGCGUUACACAGAGCUUCACAAACUAUCGGAAUAGAAGAGCUGACAGUAGAGAAACUAUAUGGACUGGCUAGUGCUAGAACCGGCCUUGCAAUUACAGCUAAACAUAUUGCUUAUAUUGUAUUGAAUGAUGUUGAUACAAGACAUGUAGAUCGUCAUGUUAGGAAAUUGGUUGAAGCAGCACAGAUACUGUGUGAAGAUACUAAUGUUAAAUGGAUAAGGAUCUACUUAGUAAAGUACCUGUGUAGGAGCUAUGGUUUAGAUGUAUACCAGUCUAUUUGUCGUAACACAAUCCCAUUCCUCAGAUGGAUUAAUAUGAAACACACAAACCGGAAUCAAGUUGUUGAAGUUUCUGAUAGAUAUGUUGUCUGUGGUGAAUAUUACACGUUUGUGAGGGAAGCAAUUACAAAGGUAGUUUUGGGAGAAAAUGUCGAACAUCUUGAAGAAACAUUACAGGAAUUGCGUACUGCUGGGGCAAGAAUAGAGCCACUUUUACAACUCGCAGUUCAUAGAGAGGUAUCAAGUUCGUACUUGUACCCAAAAGAGCAACGGAAACUUACACAACAGGUGAUACAGACUCUUGCUCAGUUCAUUGAAAAUAGUGAUUCUGUGAAGGAUAAGGCAUUGAUGAACGCUUUAGUGAUGAACCAGCUGGUACCCAGACAUCUGGCCAUUAUAGAGGGUGAAAAUCUGCGCUUACAAGGGAUACAAUGCCUGAUCGUUCACUUUCAGUGUGUAAUGUCUCAUCUAAAUUCGACAGGAACGCUUCUGCAGCCUCUGGCUAUGAUGAUGUCGAAUCCACAAGCUUUUAAUAACUGUUUUUUACCUGCAAUGCCUCAAGAUGACCUAGAAGAUGUAAAGGAGGCCUUGUUGGCAGCAAGACGUGGAGUCAGGGGGGCAGAUCAAAAUCCUGUAUUUUAUAGGUGUCCCAAUGGUCAUCCAUAUGUUAUCGGUGAUUGUGGUAGACCAGAUAUGGUAGCCAUAUGUAAAUGUGGUGCAGAAAUUGGAGGACAAGGUCACAACUUACUUCCUACAAAUAGAUUGGAUACUGGCAAUGACAACACAAUGACAGGUCAUAUCCUUGGACGCGCAGAAGCUAGAGGGCUUGGUCCUACACCUGAAAGGACACUCACACCUGUUUACUCUGCCUUAGUGAAAUUGUUACUACACAUAGCCAUGUAUAUUGGAGCAGGAUCUAACCUGCAGGGAAUACAUAUCCUAAUAAAGCCGGACAUUGAGAUUAACAGUGUUGCACAGUAUUUAUGGGCCCAUUUAAACCUUGAUCUUGAAGACCUGCAGAGAGCGCUUGGUAGAAGCAUCGAUGAUGUCUUACUGCUUAUGCAUACUAUUGUUGAUAAUGUUAUGAAAAUUCACAAUGCUGGAGAGCAAGUGACAGCUGAAGUAAGCCAACUUACUACAAAAGAUGGAAGACGUCAAUGGGAAACAGCCUUCUGUGCUAAAUUUAUACAAGCUGUAUUGCGGAAUCUUGAAAAUAAUUUGAAGAAUAACAACCGGAAACUAGCGAAGGAUCAAAGGCUAGGAACAGACCCACUACUUUGCUUGUUGUACGAGACAGACACCAGUGCAGAGGGGGAGAUUGCGGCAGCAUUAGAGGAAAUUCCUAGAGUGUGGCGAUUCAGAACACCUAUAUCUCUUCAGCAUCUGAAACAAGAAACAGAAGCCAAAAUAUCUCGUGAACAACACAAAGUGCUUCAUCUAUUCCUGAAAGAGGACCAUCAUUUAAGAGCCCUCCGUUACAUUCCAAGUAUAUUACGGCUUCAUCGGGCAUUGUUCCAAAAAUAUCACAGAAAGCUGGAUAAAGCAGAGGCAUCACAGAUAAAUAUUGCUUAUCUUAAAAGAGAGGCAGUUGCAGGUGGAGAAACAGUUCAGCUAUUGGAAGAGUUUGCUGAGGCCUGGGAGUUAGUUAGAGAUUCGUUAACUCAAUACUUAUGCCCAACAGAAUUAGGCGGUACAAAAGUAUCCAAGGAGUACUGUAAUAGAAGCGUCAAUGAUAAAACACCGGUUUCGGUGUUGCUACCAACGACAAAAGAGGCAGGGCUCUGUUCCUAUGCUUUACUUGACUUCCUGAUGCGAAAACAAAACGAUUUCCUAGAUCAGUACUUGAAGGAAGCAAACAGAAAAUCCGACAGUAUUUCGAGCGUGAACCCGAGAGAGGUUACUUCUGCCCACCUGAUCAGCUAUGACCCCCAGCAAGAUAUUCUGCCAUUAGUUUUAGCUAACUGCCAAUAUUCUUUUGAGAUGGGCAAGGGGACAAAGAUAGAGUAUGACUUUGCCGGGCUAGAAAGACAGUUAAUGGACAAGUUCCUGUUUUCUAAAUCAAAGAUUGAAGUUGGCAGUUUCUUAAUGAUUGACCAGAUGGUAUACCGAACAGAGUUUACAAAUGCGGAAGUGUUCAGGAAACUAGAAGACAAAAUACCACAGGAGAGUUUGAGUGCCGCAGUAAAGACACAAAUAUGCAGUGACAUAAAAUCCCUUCCAGAUUUGUGUACAUCCCUGGACAAUCUUGAUAUCACUAUAAGUUUCUUGAAGUCUACUGGAGGCCUUCCAGAAAAAUCUUUGCACGAGUUCAUGGUGAAAACACUACAAAUGGAAUAUUCAAUACAUAGUCAAAAGGCCCAGCAAGCAUGUGAGUUCAAGCAUGUGCAGUCGCUAUGGUUACUGCUGUCAGUACAGAAAUCCAAAGAGAUGAUUGACCAUAAUCAGCAUACAGAGGCAACAUUUGAAAGUGUUUUGCAAGAGUUUCACGAGGAGUUGCCUGAUGAGUUAUUGAGUUCAUAUAAGGUGUAUAUGAAGAAGUUGUCAAUAGACAAACUAUCCCAGCUUUUAGAAAUUUUACAUGACUUUAUCCUACUCGAGGUUGCUGUGAGACAAAAUCCAGAUGAUGAAGAUUACACUGAAACAUUUGAUAGAAAACUUGGAGAAUGGUUGUAUGUAUAUGUAGACAGCAUGGACAAUCCACCGCUAGAAGUUGCUGUAUUGACAGACUUCCCAGAGGAGAUUUUGUACAGACACAGUGUUCAUACAUGGGUCAAUGCUUACCGUAUGUUGAGAGAGAAACAGACAGGAAAUUAUCAAAGGUUCCUAUGAAAGCCUCACUAAAGACAAAUGAAUUGUGACAUUUUUAAAGAAAAAGUUUAAUAUUUUAAUGAUUUUAUAUAUUGUGAAAUAGGUUUUGAUCCAUUACAGUGGUUGUUACGAUUAAGGUUUUAGCUGUUUUACGUGAAAAAGAUUGAAACUGAUGUUGCUUUUGCUUGUUAUAGAUCGAUAUGAUGAAAAUGUGACUUGUUAAAUGUAAAUUCAAGCAAGUUUGUUUUGUUAAAAAAUGGAUUUAAAAUUGUUUAAAUCUGUCUGUUUAUGUGAAACGUUGUUAAUGUGUGAACUGGUUUGCUUUUUAACAUGUUUUUGUGGAUAUUAUAUUCAGUGCCAUACUAGUUUGUCGGUUGUAGUUAUUUUCAUGUUAUGUUUUUAUUUUUAAGCGGCACUGCAGCGUUUAUGAUUUUUUUCUUGACUUUUACAUGUGUUAGGUUUUUAUAUAAGUGUACGUUCUAUUUUGUAGAUGUGUUAUUAGAUGAGUUGGAUUGUUUUCAGUAAAUAUUUGCGAUCGAUGACGUGAAAUUGAUUAUUAUGCCAGAUUUCACGGUAAAGUUACGUAUUAGUGCGAGUAAUAAAGAUUGGUUUGUUAUAUGCUGCUAUGUUGCUUACCCUUUUUGACUGUGUUGUUUUAUUGCAGUGAUAUUUCGGUACUGCUUCAAUCUACAUGGGUAGCUUUUACUUUAAGAGAUUUGAAUCUGCGCCUUAUUAAUUGUACCAAAUAUUGGUAAAAGCAUACAUGUACAACUUUUUUCAUUUGUUUGAUUUAUUCAUUUGAUCGCAGUUCGGUAGACGUGGUUCUUUCCUACUGGGGUUGGGGACAGAGGGUUCCCGUGGAAGUUGUUAAGCGCCAUGGGCAAUACUGAAUGUUCCAAGAAAAUGGUUUUAAAAAAUCGGUGUUACCAGGAAAAUGGUUUUAAGAGAUAUGUGUAUGAAAAGAAUUGGAACCACUGCCUUACCCUUGCAUGAUCGUAAGAGGCGACUAAUAGUGUCUUAACACUUGGUUUUGCAGUAACUCUGUGAUUCCAGCAGGUAUGCAAAUUUUGAUUCCAUACUUCAUGUUUUUAUUUCGAUGUAAAUGAGAUGUGGAACCAAAAUUUGUAGUCCUGUUUGGCGCCAUACAACCUAUACUGUGUUGGUGCGCCGUAAAACCCAAAUAAAUAAAUAAAUACAGCUGAACGGGAUUCUAACUGACUAAAGAGAGAUGAGGAAUGUUUUAAGUGAACCACUUAAACAGCGUCACUUCUUACUGCAGACACGCCGCCUGGAGAUUGUCAUGAAAUAAAAUUGUCGAAACACUUGCUGAAGGAUGGUUCUUGGCUGAGGAUAUCAGAAACUUUUUGUUUUUGGUUAUUUAUGUAACAAUAAUUAUGAGACAUCAAAAGAUACAUGUGUUUCUGUUGUAUAUUAGGAACUUACCCAUUUAUGUUAUAAGAUGUGUAAACAUUGUACAGUGUUUUUAAUAAAACAAAUAGAUUUAAUAUUGAAGCAUACAUAAUAAUUGUAUAUGACAUUAAAAUAUUGCAUAUUAUAUUUUUCUUUUGUUUUUGAAACACUGCAUUGUGUGACACGUAAUAUUUGUAUGAUGAUUAUUUUAAAACAAAUGUGAUUUGUCGCUUUAAGACAUGUUACUUUUUUGAAUUGGUGGUGUCUGACCUAUAUUACGAUAAAACGCUUUGUCUUAAAUCUCUGUCCAUACUAAAUCGGAGGAAAAUUGUAUAUCGAUAAAAAAAUUCUUCGAAAACAAAAGUUAUGAUGAACAUUUAUUUUUGGGUCGAGCAACCUAAAACAUAGACUCGAUAUGAGGCGGUAGGAAAAUGCAACUAAAUCUGCUUGAUAUCUUUAUGUUGCGAUUUGUUUUACUUCUUUUAUACAGCACUGGUAUUUUUUAUCAGAUGAGCAAUUCAGUAUAUGAAAUAAUAUUCAAAAACUUUAUGUUCACAAUAAAUGUCAUAUAUAUAACUUUUCCCAUCAAUGUACAGUGACUUUAACAUUAUCUGUAUCUAAUAUGAAACAGUUAAAUUUUCAAAUUAAAUUAACCUGUUUAUUACAUAUUUUCAUGGAAUUAUUGGAAAAUUGGAGUAUAAUAUAAUGUUAUAUUUUCACUGUGAACAUAAAGUUACACAUAAAAGAAUUUAUUUUUAUUACAACGAGUGAUCAGAAGAUCCAAUAUUUUCACGUGUUAUUAACCCGACCAUUUUUAGUCCCGAUAUAUUUUAUUCAAUAGUGCUUAUUAUAAAGAUGUAUAAGGAAUUGUUCAAUCUGUUGUAAUUGUUUGAAUCUUUUAUAAUAUACAUAAUUUUUGAACGUUUGAAUGAUUUGAAAUUAUUAAAAUAAAAGGAUCUUAUUUAUAAAGGCUUGGUUAUGGUGCAUUCAUACAUAUCCAAGGUUUACUUAUAACGUUAUACUGAUAUUCGUCUGUUAGAUAUACUUUUUGAACUCGGACAUUUGACAUUUUAGUGGAUGCAGGUAACAACUAGAAAAUAAAAAUUUCCUGUCGUGGAGGAGAAGGUUUAUCCAAUGAGGUUUGCCGAACCGGAAAAGCUUCCUCCAUCUCGGCAGGAACCAUGUACAUUGUAUCUGACUUA